CAACACCCAAACAGAACCACCGUCCCAUUCCACCACCACCUCCUUCGUCUCCUUCCGAAUCGAGGCAAGGCACGGAUUCUCUCGAGUCUGGAUCGGCUGCUGCGGCGGUGGCGGCGAUGAUGGGGUCGGCAGCGCGGAAGGAGGACCUGCGGGUGCUGGCGGCGCGGGUGGUGACGGACUCGCUCCGGGAGGCCGUGUCGCUGUCCAGCGCCGCCGAGAGGGCGGCCCGGUUCGAGGAGUGCGUGAGGAGCCUCGAGGCCGAGAAGGCCAAGAUGGAGGUCUUCCGCCGCGAGCUCCCCAUCAGCGUCCACCUCGUCGGCGACGUGAUCGAGUGGCUCAAGGAUGAGCUGGCGCAGCACCGGCGGCCGGCGCCGGAGCUGUUCGCGCCGGCGCCGGCGGCGAGGGCGAAGGAGGCGCCAGCGGAGGGAGUCAAGGCGGACGCGGACGCGAACGACAAGCGGAGCUGGAUGAGCUCGGCGCAGCUCUGGAGCUGUGGGAGCCACGACGACAGCACCGGCAACAGCAAUGGCGGCGGCGCCAAGAAGCCGGCGCACAAGCAGGUGUCCAAUGCGUUCAUGCCACCGACCGGCCUGCCAACCUUGGCAAGAUCAUCCGAGCACGCGGAGAAGCCCGCCGCCAUGCUGGUCCCGGACCUGUCCCUCUCAUCCCCGGCGAUCGACAGCGCCUGCCCGGCCGCUCCAAGCGCCACCAGCAGCGCCGUCACGGACACUGGGGCGCAGCGCCAGCAGCAGCAGCAGCAGCAGCAGGCGCAGAGGAAGGCCAGGAGGUGCUGGUCGCCCGAGCUGCACCGCCGGUUCAUCGCCGCGCUCCAGCGGCUCGGUGGCGCGCAGGUUGCCACUCCGAAGCAGAUCAGGGAGCUGAUGAAGGUUGAUGGACUCACAAAUGAUGAGGUCAAGAGCCACCUGCAGAAAUACAGGCUGCACACACGGCGAGCAUCAUCGUACGGUGGUGACCAGCAUGCGUCGACCCUGUGGUCUGCACCGGAGCAGCAGUACACGAUGUCGCAGCACAGCAUGUCGCAGUCCGGCUCGCCCCAAGGGCCCCUGCAGCUCACCGUGUCAAGUAGGACCGUGUCGGCGACCGCCGGGGACAGCUGCGACGGUGGCGAGGGGGAGGAGGACGGCAAGUCGGAGAGCUACAGCUGGGAGAUGCAGCAGCGUGGGAUGAAAGCAUCGUCGUCAUGAUUCUUGAACAGCAGCAGCCGAUGCAGCAUGAGAAUACAGCAGAUGAGACAUUUUGUGUACAGUCGUUGAGAGGAUUCUUUUUUGGGAGGAGGAUGUAAUGAACUUUUGUGAGUGAGUGAUUGUUGUAGGGGUGUGAGUCUGUGAGAUAUGAGAUUGAGCCAUCACAUUACAUUGUACAAAUCUUCUGGUUGAAUCGCUUCGUCAAGAUCGAUUUUCGCAUCUU